GAUCUCAUUGUCUUCAAAAGUGUUUUUUCUAAGUGAAGUGAUGUAAAGGUGUCCUUUUUUUCCCCGUGAACAAAACCAUCAAUAGUACACCAAAGUUGUCCUUCAUUUUCAUCUUCUAUAUGUGUAUACAAAUAAUUAUUUCUAUUGUCCACUCUUUAAACAAAAAUAAGAUUAGUAGUAUCAUCCAAUUAUGUCUAUAGAACAAAGUAAUUCCACCACAAAACUUCCUCUAUUUUUAACACCACAAUCCAUGAAAUUGAAAUAUUCAUCUCAUCAUCAACAAUAUUCUUCAUCAUCAGGUGUAUUAACACCACCCAUUCACACUUGUUUAGCUUCUGUUCCUUUUAAGUGGGAAUUACAUCCUGGUAAACCUAGACCUUAUUGUACUGAUAUUAUUAUUUCUUUUAAUGAUCAACCUAAAUUCUUAGAGCCACCUCCUAGGUUUUACUAUUUGGAUAAAAUGACCAAAAUACCCUCCUCCCCUAAACUAAAUGUCCUUCAUGAGAGAGGGCAACUUGGUACUUUGGUUCUUUAUAAGAAUGAUGAUAGUACUAACAAUAAUGUGUGUAGACGAGGUUCUUAUUGGUGGCAACAGUGGUUUGUUAAACGACGUAUUAGGAAAGAAAAUGGUGUCGGUAGGGGUAAUUUGGUCAUUUCAGCAGAUUGUGGAACUGGUACUGGACUUGAAAGAAAUGGUAACUUCUCUGGCUUCUCUCACCCUCACAUUUGGGCUUCCAUGUACGAGGGUUUCAAGAAUCUCAUACCUUGGAAGAGCAAAAAAUCAAAAAAAGAAAUUAUUAAAAUUCAAACAUGAAAUGCUUUAUCUACUAAUAAUAUAUGUAGAACUCCUUUGUUAUAUACUAUGUUAUAUAUUUAGUAUAAUAUAAUAAAAGCAUAAAUUAUAUUUAA